AUGACAGCUAUCCCCGAUCCGGAGUCCCUCCUCGAUGUCUACCCUGGUGAAGGAGAGUUUACCUGCGUUGGGACUACACAGAAAGGGGUUCGAUGUCGGCAGUCCUUCAUUGCACGCCGUGAUCUCCGGGAAGCAGAAGAUGUGUUGGAGACACUUUCUCAACGUAUAUAUCGCCCGGAACAUCCCACUAGGUUACUUCCUAUUCUAACACGGCUUGCGGAACUCACGCUCUGCCCUCGUUGGCAUCGAUUUGGACGCCUAUCCCAAAUAGAUAGGGUUGCCAAUAGGUGGCUUAUGAUUAUCCAAGACUUGGAUGAUACUAGAAGGGCCAACGAACGAACUUCCCGCUCUUCCCGACCCGCUCCAAGAGCAUCCUCUCAUCAACCAUCCAGCUUAGCCUCUUCUCAAGCCGUCAGAUCUACUCAAGUAGAACCAAUAAUGCCACGACCUGCUCAACGGUCCAUAUCACCCUCGCCGUCUCAACGAUCUCGAAUACUGGCUACUCGUCAAGUAUCGAUACCAGCAACAUCUCCACUGCUAUCGAGGACAUCGGCGCCUCUUCGUCGGUCUUCACCACCAAGCUCUCCUCAAGUAUCCACACCACCUCGACCUCCUCGAAGAUCCACGUUACCUCCACCAUCCACGCCUCCUCACAGGGCCCCACAGUCACCAGCAACUGAUCCAAAUGAAGUUCAGUCCGACACAGUGCCUGCCCCCGCUUCUCAGUCAAUGAGAAAUGCAACCCGUCCUAGUCCAGCCCAGCUUCCAGCUACAGCAUCAUCAUCGUCAUCAUCAUCAUCGUCUUCAAACCAUUCUCAGACUCCACCGGAAACACCCGUCAUGGGUCCACAAAUGGAUUCAGGUCAGAUCCGCAUCAAAGUCACGAUGUCGUCCGGAGGACAUGAUCGAUCUUCUACAACUAUUGUACAACGGUUCCACGGUGAACCUCUAGUCCUAAAUGCUACCAUCUCUCUUACCCCAAGCCCUCCCGGACAAGGGGCCGGCAACCUGACUGUAGAUAUCAACAACGAUGGUGCUAGUUUCCGUCAAAAUUCGACCCCUUCGAGAGCCAGUCGCAGGUCCCAUACGGGAUCGGCCACCCCCUCCGUAUCGAGCACUAGCUCUUCUAAUCAAAGCUCUAGGGACAGAAGAUCACAAAAUCCCAGUGUAGAGUCAGGUCCCCCCUUCCCAGGAGUGGUUGACCCAGCACAACUAUACAUUUCGCCUCCCCAAAGCCCGCUUGCCGUCCCACCUGGGUCACUGUCUAUUUCGUCAGACUCGGAACAAGCAGCUCCAGCCGCAGCCAAUACCCCCGACUCUUGGGACGCCAUGUCUCUUUCUGCCCCAUCUCCACCUGCAUCUCCGAGAGUUCUCGCAUGGGCGCAGGCAGUCCCACCCUCGCCUGGCCGACCUUCCCCAAACCCUAGGAGUCCAGUACAGCGCCGACCUCUCACACAGCCCUGCCCUGUAUGCUAUUUGGAACUCACUGAUCCUGAAGAUACUGUAUGGUGCCGUAGUCGCUGCGGUCAAAAUGUAUGCAGGGAUUGCUUUGACACCUGGAGUGCUCAUCGAGCCGCGAACGGUCUCGCACCACAAUGUGUAUACUGGUAUAUAACCCUGUCAUCCCUUGGUUAUGGCAAAGGUAAAUUUGGUGCCGUCUAUUUACUGCAUGAUGAUUCCUGGCAUGAAGAACAGAAGCGAGUCAAGCGUUGGGUGGAUACUGGCGUAUAG